AUGACCAUCAAAAUAGAAGCAAAAAAAACUAUCGCUAAAAUUCAAUUUCAUCAUCAUCAUCAUUAUUACUUCUCAACCAUCCAAUUAUCUUUUCUUCGUAACACGAAGCCUUUCUUAAUGAACUUCCCAAAAGUAUUAAAAGCUCAAAAAAAAAAGAAAGACGUUGAGAGUAAUGGAGUGGAAUCUCAUUCUGUUUUAAUUCUUUCAAAAGGCAACUUUGUUCAUGGAGAUGAAAAACCAACACAACUUAUCCGAAACGAAUCUCAUUCACAAUGUGACAUAAUUGGUAAUUAA